GUGGGUCUUAACAGCAAAUAUUUAAAAUGUUUAAUUAAACUUUACCGUAACAAAAAAACAAUGAAUUAAACUCUGUGAAGCGAACGACGAGGAAACAAUGGCCGAGUGAGAGAAUUGGAAAAGGCACCUGUAGAGGGAGAAACGAUUGAAAAUCAAGGACUGCAGACAAAAAUCGAUUUUUUCAGAGGAGGAUGCUGCUGGACAAGGAACUGUAGACAAGGAGAUUGUUAGCUUAGAAGGAAGCCCCGCCAUGCCGGAGAAUUUGGAGCUGCAGCAGUUCCAGGAGGCGACUCCGCCGGUUUCUGAUCCUGCCCCCCGUUGGCUGGAGCGAUUACAGAGUCGCCUAGGAGCCAACUGUCCCUACUUGGGUAUCCUGCUGGCCACACUCUCGUCGCUGUUCUUCUCGCUAUGCUCUGUGAUUGUGAAGGGGCUGGUCGACGUAAAUCCCAUGGAGCUAGCCUCGUUUCGAUUUGUUGGUGUGCUCCUUCCGGCACUACCCAUCCUCAUCUACACCCGGCAGCCGGUGUUUCCAGAUGGCAAGCGAGUGAUACUGCUCCUGCGAUGCUUUAUGGGCACAACUGGUCUGAUGCUCAGUUUUUAUGCUUUUCGGCACAUGCCACUGGCGGAUGCUAGCGUCAUUAUUUUCUCAACACCCGUUUUUGUGGCAAUUUUCGCCCGCGCAUUUCUCAAAGAGCCCUGCACGCUCUUUAAUGUCCUGACCAUAAACAUGACGCUGGUGGGCGUGGUACUGAUCACUAGACCGCCGUUUUUCUUCGGCGAACCGGCGGGAACCGAGGAUAUCCUGACCGGCAAAUCGUACGAUAUAUGGGGACCUGUAGCCGCCAUCUCAUCAACAUUGUUUGGGGCCAAUGUCUACAUAUUGCUGAGGGCUUUGAAAAAUCUGCACUUCUCCGUUAUCAUGACUAACUUUGGCACCAUCGCUUUGGUCUACACCUUGAUUGUAUGCGGAUCCAUUGGAGCAGUAUGCUGGCCCAGCUGUGGACGUGACCGGUGGCUGGUGGUAGUCCUCGGCAUAUUCAGCUUCCUGGGUCAGAUCUUGCUGACCUUGUCCUUGCAAAUAGAGCAGGCUGGACCCGUGGCUAUCGCCCGUUGCGCGGACAUCGUAUUCGCCUUCGUAUGGCAGAUGAUAUUCUUCGGCGAGACCCCCACCGCCUACUCCCUGGUGGGAGCAUUCAUGGUGAUCGCUUCCGUGGUUCUCACGGCGCUCAAAAAGUGGGCCAGCACCCUUCCUCGCGAGUCCUCGCUGCGAAAGCGAUUAAGGCUCGUCUUGCUGGAAUAGUUCGACCAAGUCCAGGUCCCGGUCGGACCAGGAAGUUUGCGGUUUCUCCCCAGCUCUCACCCGAAAUCACACCGACACUUCAUACCAUAACUCACCAUUUCACCCUAGUCUUAGCAUAUAUCAAAAAAUCUGAUCGUAGAUUAAUCCAACAUUAGCGUCGUGAUAUUCAAUCCACUAAUCUUGAAUUACUCGUAGUGCGUUUUUAGUUUAGCCAAUUCGCCGAUUUGUUGUUUUGUACAUUGUUAUACGUGCUUAAAUAUAAUA